UUUGAGUGACGUCAGCUCCGGUUCGGUCCGUAACUGCGUCAGUUUCCCAGAACUUCGUUAAAAACCGUGAAUGAGUUUUUAGUCGUGUUGCUACGCAUGCGCGGUGUGUGUUCGCUGGUUGAUUCGACAUCCGCCAGGCCCCUUUGCAGACGCUAAACCGGGUCCUGACCCGGUUCCUGUUCGGUUCUGCGGCGCUUGUCUGCAUCCGCCGGACUGCUCCGCGGUGCUGUCCGCCUCACGUGGUGCUGAAACCGCGGGAGCGCGCGGCGGAGGCGCACCAAACCGGAAGUUUGUCCUUCAAUGAAGGGAUUCUGCUGUUCGUUUCAGACUGAGCCAUGCGGGGCGGAACCGCGGUUCUGCUGCUGGGCUGCCUCACAGCUGCAGUGGCGCCUCAGUGCUGGCAGGGGGCGACGUUCUCGGAGGCGGUGGUGUCCCCGGUGGUGGAGGGCAGCGGGGUCGUGCGGGUCCCGGGUGUGGCGUCCCUGCGGCGGUGCGUGGCAGCGGGCUGUGACCUCCCCGGCUAUGACCUGGCCUGGCUCUUCAGGGGCCGCUGCUACGUCCUCAGCUGCCAGCAGAGGGAGGACUGCCGGCCCCAGGAGAGGCCAGGGGCCGACUCGGUGCUGGUCUUCCUGAGGAGGGGGCCCUCUCCAUCGCUGAGAAGAGGAUCAUCCUACGGCAGCCGGUGGAGGCCCCUCCUCCCAUCCUCUGAACAUGGGGGGGACUUGCAGGGCCUCCCCCUGUUGGACGGGCCCCGGGCGGCCCUCCCCCUGUUGGACGGGCCCCGGGCGGCCCUCCCCCUGUUGGACGGGCCCCGGGACCUUGGACCCUUGGACCCCACGGUGUUGGAUGUGGAGUACCCAGAGGAGAGCCAGGAUCAGGAUGGGAUCGGUCCAGAAACAAGCCCCCUCCCCACUAGAGAUGGAUUCAACCAAUCAGAGUCCGGCAGCCAUCCAACACAAACCAGAGCAGGCCGGAUCAGAACUGAGGACAGAACCGGAACCGAGCCGGCAGGGAUACGGACAGAACCGGACGGUACCAAACCUGCAGAACCUGUGACUGACUCCACCCAGCGCCUGAAUGGUUCUGGACCCCAACCCCCCGGCCUUCACGAGUCCAUCAGCACAGAGCAGCUGGGUCCACCACCAAGCGGGUCUGUGGGAAGCCCGGUAGAACCGGCUUUCACAAGCAGCACCGCCGGCGCCAUCGCUGCCAACUCACCGCAGCCAGCAGCAGGUGCAUCGACACUGCUCCAGGCUCCGCCCACCCAAGUUCAUGAUGUCACUCCUGUCCCCGCCUCCGCAGCCACGCCCCCUUCUGCAUCCUCAUCCCACUCAGACGGGUCGGACCCCGGCCCAGUGGCUGUGGCAGGUCCGGACCGGAGGCUGGUUCUGCCCCUGAGCAGCGUGUUGCUCAACGGCAGCAGCAGCACCGGCACCGGAGGCCGAGCCGUUAGCAGCUUCCGCUGGGAGGCGGUCAGCGGUCCUCCGGGGUUCCUGCUGCAGAACGCGGACCGGGCCGUCGCCACGGUGACCAGUGUCCAGCCGGGGCGCUACGUCUUCCGGCUGACCGUGUCUGACCAGGAGGGGGCGACAGACAGCGCCUCCCUCACAGUCAGGGUUCAGGAAGCAGCCUCCAGUCCUCCUCCGGUGGCCCACGCCAGCGGAAGCCACACCCUCACGCUGCCCAACAACUCCCUGGUCCUCAGAGGGUCCGUGAGCGACGGAGACCAGAGCCGGGUCCACUUCCUGUGGACCAGAGACCCCCAGAGUCCUGCUGCAGGGGUGGUCCUCUUCGGGUCCCGGACUCAGCCGUCGCUCUUCCUGGCCGACCUUGUGGAAGGAACCUACCUGUUCCAGCUGAAGGUAACCGACGCCCAGGGCCGCUCCAGUGUCGCCAUGGCAACCGUGGAGGUCCGACCAGAGCCAGCAGGCGGCGAGCAGGUGGAGCUGGAGAUGCUGGUGCCCGUGUCUCAGGUCAGCGUUCUUCAGCGGGACACCGUGGUCCAGCAGCUGGCCGCUCUCAUCCGAGUCCCAAACAGUGACGUGCACGUACGUGCACUGGAGGGCCGCUCGCAGCUCAGCACUGUGCUGCGCUUCAGCGUGGGCGGCCUGUCGGGACCUGUCCCCGCCCCCCGCCUGGUCGCUCUACUGAGGACACACCUCCUGCGGCAGCGCAGCAGCUACCUGCUGUUCAGAGCGCUGCGGGUCGACGCCGUCGUGUGUUUCCUCAGCUGUUCUGGGCGGGGCCAGUGCGAUCCAAUCACCAGGCAGUGUGGCUGCGACCCCUUCUGGACGGAGAACCUGGUCCGGCGUUACCUCGGUGACGGAGAGAGCAACUGUGGUAAGACGGUGGUCUGUAUGCGGCUCGGGCUCUCCAUCAUCUUCAUCAUGGGGCUGACGCUCCUCCUCCUCAGAGUGGAGGGUCCUGUACGUCAUCCUGAGCAGCUUCAUCUUCAUCAUCUUCAUCCUGACUCUGGGCUGGACCUUCAUGUGCUGCAGGAGGUGAGUCCGACCGACCCAACCGGACCCGAGCGUUCUGAGCAUGACCCGCCGCUGUCCUGCUGCAGGAGGCGGAGCCAAGCCAGAAAAAGAGCCAAGUACGCCGUUCUGAACGACAUGGAUGAGCAGGAGCGCCUGGAGCUCCGCCCCCGCUUCAGUGUCAAACACCGCAGCACGGAGCACAACUGCAGCCUCAUGAUGUCCGAGUCGGAGCUGGACAGCGACCAGGACGCCGCCUUCAGCGAGGGGUGGCGGCUCCGCAGCAGGAGCCGGGCCGCCGCCUGCAGCCGGGAGGCCUUCGGGUGACGGGGCGGCCGUCUGCUUCCAGGGCUCCUCCCUCCUCCAGGUGACCCUCUGGUUGCUGACGCAGACCACAGGGGGCGCCGCCGUCGUUUUGGACCAAAAGAAGACGAGGCGCCGAACGCUUCAGAGACGAUUAAUGUUUUUAUUCCAGCAUGAACAUAUGAAAACGUUUACAGAGGAUCCACAGACUCCGCCCCCACAGAAACAGAGGACCUACAGGAAGUACCGGGUUCUAAGGAUCCUUCAUAUUUCAGUAGUCAUUAAAACAUGUUUUAAAAACA